UCCGGUUACCUUGACGCCUUUGACAGGUACACACAGUAAAGCGUGGCCGCGGCUCCUCCCCCCUCGCAGCAGAGCUAGUAGUCAGAGCUUCGCUACUGCUAACCGAGCUGCGGAGCACGGCAGAGAGAGGCUGUUCUCGGUUCCUUACUAGUAGGUUGGAGUUGCAGUGUGGCGCUAACGCGAAGGCCCGUCUCUCUGAGCACGCUACCGACUACCGCUGCCACAGCUAAGAGGCGGACUGUCUUCAAACUUGGAUACCAAUGUCCGAGAAGAGUUCGUCGUCCGGUUCGGACGAGGACGUGGACCCGGAAUCCGGACAGCCCGUGGAGUUCGGGGGAGUUUUAAGCAAAUGGACGAACUAUAUACACGGCUGGCAGGACCGAUGGGUUGUGCUGAAGAACAACACGCUGAGCUACUACAAGUCGGAGGAUGAACGGGAGUACGGCUGCAGAGGUUCCCUGUGCCUCAGCAAGGCCGUCAUCACACCUCACGAGUUUGACGAGUGCCGUUUUGACAUCAGCGUGAAUGACAGCGUUUGGUACCUCAGAGCGGAGGACCCCGAGCACAGGCUGCGCUGGAUCGAGUCCAUAGAACUGCACAAGGCUGAGUCUGGGUAUGGAUCAGAAACAAGUCUGAGGCGUCAUGGUUCCAUGUUGUCUCUCACCUCAGCUGCUAGUGCCUUGUCAGCAACGUCCACGUCCUCCUUCAAGAAGGGCCACAGGCUGCGGGAGAAGCUGGCAGAAAUGGAAACCUUCCGGGACAUUCUGUGCCGACAGGUGGACACCCUUCAGAAGUAUUUCGACUCCUGCGCUGAUGCGGUUUCCAAAGAUGAAUUUCAGAGAGACCGAGUAGUGGAGGAGGACGAGGACGAGUUUCUGACCACUUCCAGACCGGAUGGUGAACCCAAUCACAACAACAACGGCAGCAAAGAGAAACUGUUUCCCCCUGCCAGUCCCAAAGGUAUUAACGGGAUUGACUUUAAGGGAGAAGCCAUCACCUUCAAGGCCACCACGGCGGGCAUCCUCUCCACCCUGUCCCACUGCAUUGAGCUGAUGGUCAAACGGGAAGACAGCUGGCAGAAGAGGCUGGACAAGGAGCUGGAGAAGAGGAGACGGGUGGAAGAUGCCUACAAGUCUGCAAUGAACGAACUGAAGAAGAAGUCCCACUACGGAGGCCCAGACUAUGAGGAGGGGCCCAACAGCUUGAUCAACGAGGACGAGUUCUUUGACGCGGUGGAAGCCGAGCUGGACCGGCAAGAUAAAAUAGAAGAACAGAGCCAGUCUGACAAAGUCAGGACACCGCGGCCAAGUCCGGUUUCUCCCGCUGACGUCUUUUCCUCCAUCGGUACUCACCGAUUUGCCAACAAGCAGCCUCGUAGCUUUUCUUCCUCCGUGUCCUCCGUGGAGCUAGUCAGCGCCUCGGACGACGUUCACAGGUUCAGCUCUCAGGUGGAGGAGAUGGUGCAGAACCACAUGACUUAUUCUCUUCAGGACGUGGGUGGAGAUGCCAACUGGCAGCUGGUGAUAGAAGAAGGAGAGAUGAAGGUUUACAGGAGGGAAGUGGAGGAGAACGGCAUCGUCCUGGAUCCCCUUAAAGCCACUCACUCUGUCAAAGGAGUGACGGGCCACGAGGUCUGCCACUACUUCUGGGACACCAACGUUCGAAACGACUGGGAAACCACCAUUGAAAAUUUCAACGUUGUGGAAACACUUUCUGAUAAUGCCAUCAUUGUUUACCAAACGCACAAGAGAGUGUGGCCGGCCUCUCAGAGGGACGUUCUCUACCUGUCGGCCAUAAGGAAGAUCCUGGCGACGAACGAGAACGAUCCCGACACGUGGCUGGUGUGCAAUUUCUCUGUGGACCAUGACAGCGCUCCGCCCACAAACCGGUGCGUCCGUGCCAAAAUCAAUGUGGCCAUGAUCUGCCAAACUCUGGUCAGCCCCCCAGAGGGAGAUAAGGAGAUAAGCAGGGACAACAUCCUCUGUAAGAUCACAUACGUUGCCAACGUGAACCCUGGAGGCUGGGCCCCGGCUUCAGUCCUGAGAGCCGUAGCCAAGAGGGAGUAUCCCAAGUUCCUCAAACGCUUCACCUCCUACGUUCAGGACAAAACAGCUGGGAACCCCAUCCUUUUUUGAACACUAACAGGCUCCUCCACGGUAGGGAUGAUGCUCUUCAUUCAGCACACUGUCAGAAAUGUCACAUGGCCCACUCACCUUUCACAUACACGACCACCUCCAGCAGGACAGCAUACGACCGGGACGUCCCACAGGACACCAGCCUGAGGACGAGAGAGCGCUUUAGCACCACAGCCGUUCCCACCGCAGCUGCACGCCACUGGCCGCCGCCAUCCGCUGGCCAUGAAAGUGCAUUUACAGUCAGUUCAAGGGGUUUUUGAAGAAAUCUUUGAAAUGUUAUUGAUUAGUUCUGCUUUUUUUUGUAAAUUUUUUUUGUAAAUUUCUUAUGAUUACCUACUUCUGGAUUUUUUUUUUUGUUUUUUGGGUGUGCUAUAAUCACUAGUAUUACAGCUACUUGUUGUGCCGCUGCUAAAGUAAACGAGAGGAGCGUGGAAGCUCCCGGGAGCAGCUUCCCGCCUGUUUCCCCCCCCCCUCCUCCUUCUUGCCUUGUCCUGUCCUUCUAGUGACGACUCUUUACUGUUCGACGGGGGGCCAGAGCUUACAGCUUUGAAAUCUUUAUAUUUCUAGAUUGUUAUAAACUAGUUUUUUCGGAGAGCACAUAGACACAACGUAUUGUACAGAGAGUAACUUUUUUCGGUUAGUUUACCAACAUGACAAAUGUGAAUGGACUGUUAAACGCUUGAAUCUGAUGACAGCAAUGAGCUGAAGGGCCGUGGGAGACUGAGAGGCUUUGCUUGUUAACUCUUCUUGGACCAUAACUUUUUUUUUUUUUUU